GGAAAAUCCCAUGCACCAAAUCCCAAACAGACAAACAAGAAACCUACUGUGUGCAUUGCAAGUCAAAAAAGAUGUAACAAAAGCACACCACCUCCAUAGAUUUUGUCACAUUAAUUUAGACAAGUCAACUGCACAUUCUUCAAAUCAUCCAUCCCCAUGGCCAUGAAAUCAUUGAUGUACAAAUUAACAAAAUGAUCAUAUAGUCCUACAUAUACCAAUCCAUCAUUCUGUAAUCCUGUAAUUAAUCAUGGAGGACAGUCCAUUCCUUAUCUUGAUUUUGAUUUCUCUCUUCAGCCUAAUGGGUUUUUGCCAGUGUUACGGAGGAGGAAGAGAGUUCAACCCAAUCACUCAGCUCUUACGAGAGGAAUUGUCAAGGGAGAACAAUGUGUUUAAUGCUACUGCAGGAUAUAAUUCAACAGUUUACGUUGCUUCCCAAGAUGGGCUUAAAGAAAGUGACAAGAUUGAGAACUUGCCCGGACAGCCAUCGGAUGGUGUGGGCUUCGAUCAGUAUUCGGGAUAUGUCACAGUUGAUCCUAAGGCAGGGCGGGCACUGUUCUAUUAUUUUGUGGAGUCACCUCUGAACUCUUCUGCUAAGCCUCUUGUGUUGUGGCUUAAUGGAGGACCUGGUUGCUCUUCACUUGGGUAUGGAGCAAUGAUGGAACUUGGGCCAUUUAGGGUCAACAAAGAUGGAAAAACUUUGUAUCGAAAUGAAUUCUCAUGGAAUAAUGUUGCCAACAUCAUUUUCCUCGAAUCUCCGGCUGGUGUUGGAUAUUCCUAUUCGAACACAACUUCAGAUUACGAAUCCAGUGGAGAUUACAGAACAGCACAAGACUCUUACAUCUUUCUUGUCAAUUGGCUGGAAAGGUUUCCUGAAUAUAAGGACAGGGAUUUCUUUAUUACAGGAGAGAGCUAUGCAGGCCAUUAUGUGCCCCAGCUUGCCCACACCAUAUUCCACAGCAACAAGUUCACAAAUCAAACUAAAAUCCAUCUCAGAGGAAUUGCAAUAGGAAAUGCUUAUAUCGACUUCGAAACAACCGCGAGAGGAUAUGUGGACUUCUACUGGACACAUGCUCUUAUUCCUAACGAAGUGUACAAGGGACUUUCAAUGAACUGCAAUUUUUCUUCUCCUGAGGCUUUUUCUGAGAUCUGCAGAGAGCUCAUGAGGCAAGCAAACAAUGCCACUGGCAACAUCUAUCUCUACGACAUCUAUGCCCCGUUGUGCAAUUCUUCCUCAGCCGCCAUCCCUAUUAAACAGAUCUCAGCAUUUGAUCCCUGUUCAGAGAAGUACAUCAAUUCCUACCUGAACAUUCCUCAAGUACAAAAGGCUCUUCAUGCAAAACGCACUGCUCUUCCUUAUCCGUGGAAGUCCUGCAGUGAGAAAAUAAAAGGGCUGUGGAAAGACAGACCAUUAACGGUGUUGCCCAUCAUUCAGGAGCUGAUGGACAACGGAAUGCGCGUCUGGAUAUACAGUGGAGAUACAGAUGGCUCAAUUCCUGUGACAUCCAGUAGGUAUGCUGUGGAGAAGCUGCAGGGGAUGGCAGUUAGGAGGGCCUGGUACCCUUGGUACUCCCAAGGAGAGGUUGGAGGGUAUGCUGUUGGAUACGAGAAGCUGACGUUUGUGACCGUAAGAGGAGCUGGGCAUUUUGUGCCCAGUUAUCAGCCAGCUCGAGCCCUGUUGCUAUUCUCUUCCUUCUUAUAUGGGAAGCUUCCACCUUCUUUCUAGUCUAUAAAUAUUUGGGACAGUAUAUGUUCUACUAUUGUGGGAAAAAAUAAACUGAGAUCGAUGUAGAAGGAAGAGGAAGAAGCUACAAGCAGAGAGAAAACGUACUCUGCCUUCUUGAUGAAAUUCCAUUGAGUUCCAAACAGUUGUAAAGUUAAGCUUUUAUAUACAAGGAAUAAAAAUAAAAUAACUUCUUAACUAA